CCCGUUGCGUUUAGUGGGCCAUCGAUCCUCGCACAGCCAACAAGCAGCGUUUUGCGUCCUCAGCUGACUGACGGAAUACUGCGUCAUCGUCUCCCCAUGGCGGGUCUCAAGUUGCUUGCGGGGUUCUUCCUCGCCGCAUAUCCGCUGUUAACUUCCGGAAACGGCAGUGCCGACAGGCAGCUGACAUCCGUGAGCCCCGGAGACAACAUUGGCGCUGAGGAGAUCCCAGUGGUCUGCCCCUGCAUCCAGUUCAGCCCAACAGUGUUCGACUGCUCGCAACACCUUCUGGAGACUAGACCAGAUGACGUCACGGAGCCUUACGAGGGAAUGACACCGUCACAGUACCUGGGAGACGAGGACAUCGACGCCACCACUGCUUCCCCUCCAGAUGAAGUCCUCUCCCAUAGAGAGGAUAUGCGUCCAACUGAAGUAUCGCCGAGGACAUAUCUUGACCAGUAUAAUUCUGGAUUGGCAACCACGCUAUCUCGACAUAAUGGUAAUGGAGUGGGACUACCUACCAAUCAAGCUUUUCCACGAAAGAGAACUAUCAGGAGCUUACGUACCCCAGGAUCGACCAGAGGUGACACUCCAAGUCUCGAUGUCUAUAGACUUCGAGAUUCACAGCCUGGCAGUAAUAAAGAAUUGAUGGGAGGGAUACCUAGUAUUUACAAAUUAAUGGGUCACACACGAGAUGAUAAAAUGCCCAAAGAUUUGAAGACUGUAGCUUCCAAAUUCAUCGAGAGAAUAGUUAAAGACACUCAUUCCAGAUUCGAUGUCCUUAGGCGACUAUCACUGCAGUUCAUUAAUGCUAACAGAGGUUGGCCGACAUCAAAUUUUGGUCUCCAGCAGAGGGGUGAAUCCACUCUGCAACUGGCAGGAAAUGAAGAAACUCCAGUAACUGGUGGUAUUCUAAAAGAGGUUCCUGGUUCAGAUCUGAAUCAUCGAAGAAAUACAAGAUACCUCUUACCUGUUUUGGCAACCACUGUAACCAAACAACAUGAUACUGGAGUAAGUACAUCUGUCAACGAAGCUAGUCCUCGAAGGAGAGCUAUCAGACGCUUAAAUAUCCCACAGCUGACGAAAGUUGACCCUCAUAUCCUUGGCGUCUAUAGACGUGGUAGUUCACAAUCCAGAAAUAAAGAAUCAUUGAAUGGUGGAACUGCUAGCAGUAACAGCGGUUUUCUCAAACCAGUGGAAGUUCGCCGAGAAGUGAAAGUAGACACAGAUCGGAAGACUGUAGCCUCCACAUUCAUCGAGAAAAUAGUGGAAGACACUCACUCUGCAUUCGAAGUCCUCAGAAGACUCGCGCUCCAGUUCAUUACUGCUAAGAGAGGCCGCCCAGCAGCAAGCUCGAGCAUCAAGAAAAUGGCAGAGGGCACUUCUCAGUUGCCAGAGGAGGAACCUACUUUAACUGGUAGUGCACUCAAAGACGUCUCCGUUUCAGACCUGAAUCACCACAGAAAUUCAAGAAAUAUCCCCGCCAUAUAUCAAACACUGGUUGAUACUUUUAUGCCCUCUCAGGACAUCAGUAGAACUUUGCAUCUGAAAGAGAGACCACUGGAUGGUAGAGAUCCAGCUGCAGAGAAAAAAGAGAAUUAUAAAAGAACCCCUCACCAUCUAGUCAACCUAGGCCACUCAUUAUAUAGUAAGGGCCCCAACAAUAGAGUCUCUGAGAAGGAAAGUCAGUUCGAGAUAUCCAGAAAAUCGAUAUCAGUCGGCAAUAAACUGAGGAACAGUAAAGAGCAGAAAUCAACUUCACCUCCACAUGUAACCAUCGACCCAAAAGUUUCCCCAGGAGCUGUAAUUCCAGGUUGUGUUCCUGACAACGUAGAAACGCUGCACAUGGGCGCAACGAAACUGGGACACAUAACGAACCUCACCUUCAGCUACUUGACGAAAUUGGUAUUUCUCAGCCUCAAUGACAGCGGUGUUGUAUCUGUCUCGAAAGACACUUUCCGCAGUAAUAACGAUCUGGAGGAGCUCAUCCUCGACUGGAACCACAUCAGCACUCUUCAUGAGCACACCCUCCAAAACAACCCAAAGCUCAGAGUAUUCUCAGCAUUGAUGACUAGGCUCUCUACCGUCGACAGCAGAUUCUUCGACCACUGUCCACUGCUGGAGAGUGUAGCUAUUUCCAAUAACCUAGAGGACAUUCCUCCAACACUCUUCAGACACAGUCCUCUACUGAGGUACGUCGAUCUCCAUUUUAACUGGCUGACAGACAUCCCCGAAAGUAUAUUUUUCUGGAGUCCUCAACUCGAGUGGGUCGACCUGAGCUACAACUCUAUUUCAGAGCUCCCCGAGAGUCUAUUCUUCAACUCUGGACAACUACGUUCAGUGAACCUGAGUCACAACCGUAUAUGGUCCCUUCAAGAAGAUACCUUCUCUAUGACCCCACUGUUGGAAGUACUCAAGCUGGACGUCAAUGAACUGUCAGUCAUGCCUCCAAAGACGCUGGCCAAGUUGCCAGCCUUGAAAGAGCUGACCCUACGAGGGAAUCAUCUGUCGCAUUUGCACGAAGAAACCUUCUCGGCCAAUCGCGAGUUGAGAGUCCUUGACCUCAGCUACAACAAUAUCGAGUCCCUCCCUGAGGGCAUUUUGCACAAUCUGCUGGAUCUCCGACAGCUCCUACUAACGGGAAAUCUUUUGACAACUCUUGGAUCCGCAACAUUUGUGAACAACGGAAAACUUGUGAAACUUAACUUGGAUAUCAAUCGUAUCCCCAGUCUCCCACAAGGAAUGUUCCACUUUACUCCUGAACUGAAGUCACUACAUUUGGAAAGUAACGAGAUUUCCUUUAUUGACGUUGAUGCUUUCGAGAAGACAGCCAAACUGCAGGAACUGGACCUUAGUACAAACAAAUUAAGUAAUCUCACCGAGGUACUGUUGGCUGUAGGCGAAUGCCACAACAUUAAAACACUUAGCUUGCUAAACAAUCCGUGGACUUGUGAGUGCGGAAACGGCCAAUAUAUUGAAAUUCUGCGCAAAUUUAAAACAGAAUCUUUGUACUGUGUAAGCGCUGUUGGACUCAUAUAUGACGAUUUCGAGGAAUUCUUGAAAGAACCAGAGUGUACAGUAGCUCUAGAGAAAGAGAAUGAAGAAGGACGAUUAAUGAAAAGAGACUGAAAUGUCAGUUAAUUUUAAGUAUUUUCAGCCAUAAUGGCUAUGCUGGUGAACCGUGACUGUGUGGGAAAAUAAUUUAUUUCAAGUUUGUGCUACCAGUCACUUUUUAUUUUAUGCUUAAUCUAACAUAGUGCGACGCACUUCAAACAUGUUUUGUUCAUCUUCAAGCGUUUGUACAUACAUAUGUAUGUAUGUAUGUGUGCACAUAUGUAUGUAUGUACAUAUGUGUGUAUAUACAUACGUAUGUAUGUAUGUAUGUAUAUACAUAUGUAUCUAUAGAGACACUUGAAAUAAAUAAAUAGUUAAUUUUAUUGAUAAUAAAGAAUUAUGAAAUAAUAAUGCUAAGAUGUCUUGGUUAUAGCUUACUUAUUAAUAAAAUUAUGUAUAUUAAAUAUGAGUGGUAUCUGACUUUCUUAAUUGAAAAUAAUUAUAACAGUCUCGGACCUUCAACUAUUGUCCAUUAGUAUGGUUGUAGAUCUGAAGAUGAUCAUGUGAUGAUCGAAACCGCUCACGUUUCAAAUAAAUAUGCCAUGCGAUCUAGACUGUUAUAAUUACUUUUUCAAAAAUUCGUAACUGAAGCUUGGAGAAGAAAUGUUCUCUAACCACUACUAAUUCUGUACUCCUGUAUGUGUGCUAAGACAUUUCCGCAAUAAAGUUCAUUAGACAAACCAGUAUUUUGCUGCUCUGUCUGCCAGCUUUGUAAUAACAAAUACAAAAUGUAAUCAAAAGUAUCUGGA